AUGCUGGGUUCUUCACUAGUGGCCUCGGACUGCACAAGCCUCGAAAGCUUUCUGCCAUUGAAGAGGUUGGGCUUGCUCUUGUUGCCGAAGCAGUUUGCCCGCACGGGACUUCUCCUGACUCCUUGUGGCACCGCCCGCUUGGGCUCUGGGCCAGCAGUUCCAGAUCUUGUCGGCUUGGGCGCUGCGUGUGACUUCGGAACUCCUGAAACUCCGCUGAUGGCACGAUCGCUGGCGCGUCUCUGCGCAGCAUUGCCGACGAUUGGUACGGAGGGCAAGAAGCCGGAGCAGCAGCAAAGGAUGGGUGUCAAUGGAAUCCUCUGUGAUGCUUCGGAGCCAUUCGCGCCCAGCUGCGUCCGCUCCUGCCUCAGUGUUGUGGAGCAGAACGGAGCAGCGGACACCGGUCGCACGGGACCGAGAGCAAUUCCUUUGCCUCUCGAGGUGUUUGUGCUAGACCCGGCUUUCCUGAACUCCCCCCUGCUUCCACAAAGCUUGGCUAGGCUGGAUGCUCGCAGCGAGUGGCACAUGAGAGGUACAUGUCAGCUUGUUGAAGGCUGGGCUUUUCUUCCUCUCCGAUGGGAAGCACACGAACCGACUUUCUUCCAGCGGUGCCUGCUCGUUCCUGUCUGGCUCCUACCCGGGUACUCACAUUCCUUCCUUCGGGUUUUCGCGGAUCAAGAGCGAAUCAAUACGUUGCUCAGGUUCUGGCGCUGGGACACCCUGGAAGCCCUCUGCCUCUUCGAACCCCUGCUUGACCUGCGCCCCUGGUUUUUGUUCUGGGUACUCUCCGACCAGAGUCCGGGCUCGGCCGUUGCAGUGCCGGGGAUUGGUCGGCUCGAGCAAAUCUCUGUGCUGGACUUCACCAACUCGGAGCUUCCUCUGCUCCCACAGGGCCUGGCUCACCCAGACUUCUUCCUGCUAGCCAUGGGCCUGGCCCGCCCUGGCUCUGCAGCGGUGGCUCCGGAUUCCACGUCUGCGGGCAGCAGUGUGCUUCUGACGACUGAGCUGAAUAGACUUAAUCGAGAGAAUCUGCACGCUCGGAAUUAUCUCUGCUGGUGGCUGGUGUGGCGCGGUCGGGGCCGGUACCACCAGCUUGUGACGUCGGACAUCCAGGACCGGCACCCUCGCCACGCUCCAUGGGGCACUCAGACCUCCCUCUCCCUGCACUUGGCCUGGUCCGUGAUUGGCAUCAUGAGUGCCGAGUCUCCGCUGUUGGCGCGCAGUCUUGCCAGGUUGGAGACAGCUCCAAUGGCACUGGACUUGGUGCAGGCCGGAUCGUCAGAAAAGAGGAGCCUUUUCCGAUGUGAUUUUGCGGUAUCGGCUCUGGACUUCUCUUCCUUGGGGUCAUGUACACCUCCUCGGAUAUGCGCUUGCCUUGGCAGCCUUCCGCCUAUUUGGGGAGCGGCUUCGAUGGGUCCGUUCCUUUCGGUCCCUGACUCUGUCAAUCCUGGCAGCACGCUGCUCCUGCGAACGCUCAGCCAGUUGGAGCUCCUUCCACCUCCCUUGGACCCUGCACAUGCAGAGGCCACGCUCUCGCUGCGGGCUUCCACGCGGACCGAGGCUUCAGCUCCAACAUGUAAUUGCUGCCACUCGGGAGUGUUUCCGCUUCUGCGAAGCUACGCGAGGUCAGGUUUUCCUGUCUUCGCUUCGGACUUGUGCGAGGUUGGUUCUUCCACACCUGUGCGAAGUUUUCUGCAGCCAGAUUCCGGCACCUCAGCCUCAGACGCAGCCUUCACGGAAUCCACACUGUCGGUGCGGAGCCUCCAGCAUGCCGGCUCAGCCAUUCCAAUGGCAGAUGUGGCACAGGCCGGACUUCCUACAGCAGCGCGGGCUCUCGCGAGGACAGAGGCUUUCCUGUUGACCUUUGGACUUCACAGGUUGGAGCUGAGCAUGGCCGUGUGCGACUUGUGCUUGAUUGGCUCCUCGUCAUUUAUCCAGCGCUUGGCCUGCUCGGGGUUUCGAACCUUGAUCCAAGAUCGCACAGAACCAGACAUGUCCAUGCCUGCCUCUGAUUUCAGCGACCUUCCAUUUCUGCCGCUUCGGUGUUUUUCGCGAGUGGGCUCGCCAAUACUUGCCCUCGGUUUCAGUACACCCGGCUCCUUGCCUUCUGCACUCGACUCUCUGCACUUGGGCUCCUCAACGUCCCUGAAGAACAUGGCUCAAUUAAGCCUGACGCUUUCGCUUCCGGACUCUGCAACUCCGGAAGCUUCACCACCAACGCAAUGCCCUUUCCGCUUCGACCUUCUCCCAUCACUGACGGGCAGGUUUGUACAGAAAGAUGGUGUUUGGAAUGUGGGUGACUCUCUUCUCGUGACGAGUUCCACCCGGCCAGACCCUGCGCUUCUAGUUCCUUGCUUUGCACGGUCUGGUUCGACGCUACUCGUGUCAGACAACGUGCUUGCUGGUCUGCUGCCGUUCAUGCACAGCUUCUGCAGAUGUUCAUCCGGCUUGCUGAUUAUGGGCCAUUCUCGCCUUGAAGCGUCGGCCGUUUUGCUAGAUCCCGCGAAUGCAGGUGCUUUCGUUCCGUUGCGCCAGUUUGCUCACAUGGAUUCGGCUUUGCCCUCGAUGGGCGUCGCGCGCAUGGACUUGCCAAUCCUCCUGCUAGACCAUGCACUAGCUGGAGUCUUGCUUCCUGCGCAGCAGCUUGGAUGCCUUGGGCUUUCAGUCUUCGCAUGCAGCUUUGCCCGUGCAGGCUUUUUGUCUCCCUUCCUGGAAUGGUCUCUCUUAGAGCUGCUCUCAAUUGCCCGAAACUUUGCCUGCCCAGGCUUGCCAUCACCGGCUCUGCAGGUUUUGCUGCCGGGCCUGCCAAUGUUCUCGCGAUCCAUUGCACAGUCGGAACCGUCGCCCUCCACCAACACCAUCAGCAGAACUGAGUCAACGCUACCACUCAGUGACCGUGCGGAAGCUGAUGCACCUCCCCCUGCGAGGAGUCUCGGUCGAUUGGACAGCCGCUUGUCAGCUUCAGGGCUUUCGUGCACAGGGACAUCACAUCCGGCUCUGGAUCUUCUGCACCUUGACGCCUCGCCAUCUCCGCAAAGAGCAGCACGGCCGGACCCGUACAUGCCAGUCUUCGGCCACGUGUGUUCGGGUCCCACUGCUUUGCCUUGCGACCGAGGCUGCCCGGCCACCUCCAUGUUCUUGCGUAGCGCUUCCAAGUCAGAUGCGGCUGCUCCAUCAGUGGAGAUGGUUUCCUUGGAGACGCCCGCGUCUGUGAAGACUUCUGCAAAGCUUGGUUUAGCCACCUUUGUUGUGUUUCGGGCACGGUGUGGUGCAUUUCUGACAACUCUGGAUGUGGUGCAGCUGGAAUUCCUUCUGCCAGUGCAUAGCUUCGCUUGCCCUGCCUUCUGUUCUUUUGUCCUGGACUUUGCGGAAUUUGACGCUCCAGUGUCUGCACGGGCACCUACGCGGCCAGCCUCCCCCACGAUGACUAUCGGAAUGGUUUGUAUGGAGCUUUCGUUUCCUCUACCUGACCUCGUCCCUCUGAGCGCUUCCAUGCCGGCGCAUGGCCUCGUGUGUUCGGAUCUGGUUCUUCCUGUGCCAGACCCUGUCAGUUCUGAGCCUGCGGUGUUGGUGCGUCAAACAGGCCGGCGCAGUUCAUCACUGCCUAUAUCUUGUGCAGCCCGUUUGGCCGUCUCUGCUUCGACACUGGACUUCUUAGGAACGGAGCUCUUUUCGUCUCUGCAGAACCAUGCUUGUCCGGAGCUGCGACUGUCGUUAAUGAGCUGGCUGGCUGUGGGACCGGCAUCCUCAUCCAGGCCGGCAUUGCAUCCGGGCUCUUUCUUUCCAGCCUACACCUCCAUGCAACCCGGCGAGUUCCUGCUGGUGCUUGACCAUGCUUUCUUAGGCAGCUUGAUGUCGGUGCGCUCUUUUGCCAAACUCGGAUUGGCUCCUCUGCCGUUGGAUACUGCCCAGACAGGACUGCUGCCGCCGGUGCGGAACAAGUUGCAAUCAGGGUUUAUUUCAUCAGCUGCUGGCAGAAUGUGUUCUGAUGACGCGCUGUUUGUAUUCCUUUUUCCAGAGACGGGCUUGUUGCUGUUUGUCCGUCAGUUCAUUUGGCCAGACCUCUCCAUGCCGGCAAUGGGUCGUCGACUUCGCUCCGCGAUGCCAGCGCUUGAUUUGUCUUUCUUCGGAUCUGCGAUGUUUCUUCAAAAUGCUCUUUGUGCUGGCACAUCUCCACCAUUGCCUGGCCGUGGUCGCACUGAUAAUGCAGUGUCUGCGCCAGACAACGUGUGCUCUGAGAGCGAGUUGACGCCAGCCAUGGACUCUCUUCAUAUUGGAAGCGUCAUGCCAUCGCAGAUCCGCUGCACCCGCAUCGGGAUCCGGAUCUCCAGGUCCAUUCAUGCCUCUUCGCUGCUUUGCCUGCCAGGCGACCCGCUUGUUUCUUUGCUCGGCCUACGUUCCGGAACAGCCUUGUCUGCCCCAGACCUCUUGCAUUCAGAGGCCGUAUCGUUUUUGCGAAGCUUUGCACAUCCGGAGCUCCCCCUUCCUGCCUUUGAAGCCUUUCGCCUCGACCCGAUUCUACUGUUGCAGGCGUCCUCUCAGGUUGGGUCGCUGCUUUUGGUUUUAGGGGCCUCGAGACUUGGGAGCUUGAUGCUUGCGCCGAAAAUCGGCAACUUGGAGGUGUCGUCGCCAGCGAAAACACCUAUGCAUCCCGAGCUCUUCAUGUCGACUUUGGGCGUGGCCUGUCAGCAUGCACUUUCGGUUCUUGACUUCUUGCACCCGGAGCUGUUCUUGCUUCCUCGCAGUCCUGCUUGCACAGGCUUCGUGCCGCCUGUAGCCAGCUUGGCACAAGCGGAUGCCUCCUUGCCUUUGCGGGCACCCUCCCGAGCAGAUGCUCCUCCGGUUCCUUGCGGGUUGUUGCGCCUUGAUCAGUCUUUGGCGGUGCCCAGCUACGGAUUUUCGGAAAGCUCAUCAUCCUUAAGAAGACUUGCUUGGCCUGACUUUCCUGCCUUAGUCCUCGGAGGCAUCCGCUUGGGAGCUCCCCCGUUGACAUGUGAUAGCUGGGCCACUGGUCCAUCCUUGCCAGCGCGCAGCCUCCUGCACUCGGGACAGUUCCUAGAGCUCGAGAAGCUGAAAAGGUGGAGCAUCAUCUCCCUGGAGCUCUCGGACUUCUACCGUGGGGAUGUGCCGUUGCCUCUACGAGAUCUUGCCCGACCCGGCUCUGCCUUGCCAUCUUUCGGAGGUGCAAGGCUGGAGCUCUCAACUUCAACACCGGAUCUCCAGGAACUGGGCUCGGCUCCGACGCUGCGAAGCUUUGUUUGCUCCGAGCUGGCCACGUCCAUCGGAGGCUUGCAUCGCUCGGGACCUAGUCCGUUGGUGUCAGAUCUCCUGCACUUGGAGUCCACGCUCCCUCCUCGAAGCUGCGCUCGCUUGGGUCCGGCAGCGGCGAUUUUCAACUUUGGGGCACCUGGCAGUCUGCCACCGUCACAGGGCUGCACACGGAUGGGGAGCUUUGCGCUGGCGCUCGGAACACUUCGUCUGGGACUCCAACCUUUGGCGCUGAAACUCGCUGCAACGGGCUCUGCCUUACUCUUGAGAGAAUCCUCGCGACCCGAGGCCUCCCUGCUCGUUUCGGCAUCCGCGCAACCCGAAAUCUCUUUGCUCUUGCGCAGCUUGGCCUGCCUUGAUGUGCCGGCGUCGAUGUUGCAGUCUUCUAGAUUUGAGUUCAGCCUGAUUGCGAUGGACUUCUUACACUUGGGAGCACCAGCUUUGUUGCAAAGCCUCUGUAAACUGGAGCCUGUGCCAUUCGUUUCAGAUAGUGCUUGCACCGGACUUCCGCCUUCUUCGAGGCAUCCCGCCAGAGUGGGUCUGCUCUUAUCACUGCUCGCUUGCACAAGGACGGGUUCGCCUCUGGCAGUGCCGGAUGUCAUCGGGUUUGGCCUUGCUUUACUAUUGCGGUCCACGGCCCAUCCGGCCUCCUCCCUCUCUUUCUGCAGAUCGUUUCAACCGGAGCCGCUUCCACUUGUCUCGGACUUUAGCUUCUUGGGGCCACCUCUGCUCUUGCAAAGCCCGGGUCGGUCGGGUCCAGCGAUGCUUCCAUGCAAGGUGAGCCAUUUCGAGUCCUCUGUCCCGGUUUUGGAUUCCUUGCACCUAGCGAGCUUCCUGUCCUUGCGAAGUUCUCUGAAAGCAGGGCAUGCGCUCUCGCUUGACGUGAAACGAGUGGAUUUAGGGGUUUUUGUCUUGGGAAGCAAAGCCCUUGACCCAGCUCCUUCGACCCGAGGCCUCGCAAGGCUUGGCUUGCUCUUGUCUGCCUGCGGCAUGAGCUGUCUCGACUUUUUCAUGUUUGUCGCUGACUUCCUGCAGCCAGGAGCUGCACCGUCUCUGAGAUCCGUCGCUCGGACGGACUUCGCUCCGCCAGCCUCUGAUGUCUUUCUGGGCAGCUCGCCGAUCCUUCAGAGCUUCGCCUGCGCCACGAACGCUCUCUUGACCCGUGCCGACUUCAUCGCUGUCCGGUACGGCAUGCAUCAGUUCCACGUUGUCUGCUCUGGAUGCCUGGAGUCCAGGGUUGCCACUGCUUGCUCGUUCUGCGCAGCGUUCGGCAGCCUCGAUGUCCACCUGCGGAGUCGGUCGUUGAGCUUCGUGCACUUUGGGCCAUCGACAGCUACACGCUCUCUUGCCUGCUUCGCUUCCUCUUUAUCCACCUUCUUCCCAGGAGGGUAUCUCGGGUUCAUUCCCCGGUCUCCAUUUUCUGCACGAGCAUUUGCCUGGACGGGUGCAAGCUCGACGCUGAUGUCAACUGCGCGUUCUGGCACUUCCAUGUCAGCGUCGGAUCUUCUAGGUUUGGACUCACCACUGUUGGUGCAGAGUCUUUCGAGAUCAAGCUUUGCAUUAGCUGUGUUCUCGGCUUCAUGCUUGGGCAGUUCUUUAUCGUCGCGAGGCGCAGCACAUGCUGGUUCGCCACCGUCGCUUUCUGGACUUGUCCGGCUGAGCAGCCCCAUGUUCGUUCGUGACAGCGUUUGCAUCGCUCCCUCAGCGCAGUUGCAGCUCCCUGUGUGGACAAUCAGCUGGGACACUGGGACGAGUGAACUCCAGUUUAAGACCGGCUCCACGAAGGUCAUGGCGGUCAGCGCGUCAGGAGGCAGCUUGCACGGCACCUGGGCCUCCGAGAGCAUCAUCAGCGCCUCCGACAGCCACCUGAAAAGAGAGGUCCUGCCGCUCUACCGAUCGCUCCUUGAGAAGAGAGAGCAGAACAGAGCAGGUGCAGGCAGCGAGGAGCGUGAGGACAUCAGCGCUUCCAGCCUUCUGCGUCUCCUGGUUCCCGACGGGUCCUCCGACCCCUUGAACUUCAAGCUGGAGGCUACUGACGAGUCACUUCGUUCCCUUCCGGGUGUGGUGCGCCAGAUGCCCAACCAGGGAGGGCGUUUGGGCAUUUCUCAUCAAGAUCUCCUGGCAGUCAUCACCCUUGCGGCCAAGGAGCGAGAGAGGCGCCUGCAGGUCUUGGAGGCACAGGAGGAGGCAGAGAUUGCCCAACAAGAAGAGCAGAACGGUCUGAUCCAGGGACGCUUGAUUCCAGCGGCAGCGAUUAGCGCUCUUCAGCCAAGUGGAACAGCUUACAAAGCGGUUUACAUUGCUGAGGUACCAAAAAAGCAGGAGACUCACGAGAUUUCGAUCCAAGUGAAGGGCGGGACUGAGCCACAGUCCAUGCAGCUGCGGCCACCGCCUGCUGGUCAAGGAGCUGUCAGCGUUCCGGUGAUUCCGGCAGCAUCUACAGGAGUCCGUUUCCAGGCGGACAGCGGAAUGUCGAAGAAGGAAAGUGGCAAGUCGGUGCUGGACCUGGAGAGGUACUUGAACCAGCCCGUGAAGGUCAAGUUUUCUGGUGGACGAGAAGUCAAGGGCAUUUUGAAAGGACAUGACGCUGUAGCAAACCUAGUGCUGGAUGACGUCCAGGAAUACCUCCGAGACCCAGAAGACCCAUACAAGGUCUCAGACGAGACCAGAAGUCUUGGACUGGUGGUUGCACGUGGCACAUCGGUCAUGCUUAUUUGUCCGGUGGACGGCACAGAGGAGAUUGCGAAUCCUUUCGCAGGCAGAGGCAGGCUGCGCGAUGACCCGGAUUCUCUGAGGGAAAGUCCGGGAUGUGCCGCGGACUGCCAUGCGCAACAGAACCAUGUUAUACAGCCAUGUCCAAGCGGAGCCGGAGGCAUGCAGUCCUUGAGCCUUGCAGCACUGGCGUCAGCUGCCGCAGAGGCCCCACCGGGUGCUGUACCUUCCUCAGGGACCGAGUCCUGGUAUGCUGACUACGAGCUCAGAUACCGUCCGGAAGAUGCUGGUGCUGAGCCCCUACCGUGGCGGAUCUCAGCAUGGCAGUUCCAGGAAAACAUCCUUGACUUUCAUCGAGCAGGCCGCCCCCCGCUCAAUGCAGCCCACUUUGUGGUUAUGACACUCGCGGGCGAGUCCCAGCAGAUCUUGCUGGAAUGUCCUGGCCUUCUUUGGACGGCGACGCUGCUCGUGGCUGAGGCGCGGCUCUCCGCCGGAGCUUGCCUGGAGGCGGACAGUUUGGUGCGGAGGCUGUGGGGAUGGAUGUCUCAGUCCCAUGCUGCAUUCGAAGAUUCCUCGCCUUGGUCGGAGGAGGCGAUGCGAAGGUUGCUGCUCCUGGCUCCUGGCUGGGGCUUGGAGGCUUCAGCUCAUCGCUUCCUGCAAGCCCAGCAUUUCUGCCCCAACACGGCCCCAAGGACAGUUCUGCAGAGGUGCGGGGCUGCAAAGCUGGAUGUUGUCGUUGCAUUCUGCAGAGAGGACCUUAGCUGGCUCAUGGACUUUGCGGACGCAAGGCUGUGGCUUUAUUCGAAGUGCCCAGAGCCGGAUCUGGCUGCACUGGACAAGCUGGGACUGCCAUGCGUCACUUUGGAGCAGCUUCCGAAUCUGGGUAUGGAGUCGUUGGCCUAUGCUACGCAUUUGGAACGGCGACACGAAGGCUAUGCUGAGUACACGAUGUUUCUUCAAGGAGAGCCUUUUCAACACGCUCCCCGACCACUCCUUGGAGACAUUCUCGCCGCCAUUCAUGCGGGCAUCUACAAUGUGCCGUUCCUGCACUUGAACCUGCGCCGCUUCCUCGCUGGGAGCAGCUGGUGUUUGAGGGACCUUUACGUGCGCCUCUUCGAAGCUGAAGUUCCCGAGGUCUUUGGUUCAUACUGCUGCAGCCAGUUUGUUGUCCGCUCUGAUCGCCUACAUCAGAGCCGAAGUUUCUACCAGCGGAUAAAACGUAUCCUGUUGGGUGAGAUGCCUCUCGCUUGCGCACAGGAUGUCAAGUAUGAUCCUCGACCCGGGAUAGCCAUAUCUGCCCUGUUUGAGCACUUGUGGCAUGUCAUCUUUGGUGAACCGGCAGUUCUGCCCGUUCGACGCAGCAACCGCGAGCUUCCACUCUUUGCCCAGCUGGAUGUGGGCGAAGGGGAGCUUCCAGACUUUUUCGCCUGA